AUGUCUUCUAGAAUCACCAGAUCCUCGGCCCGUCAAGCAGCGAGCCAGGCAGCCCAAAACAGUGCUAUUGCUCCUGCCGCUGCUGACGUCCCGACCGCACCAUCCGCUACCCCAUCCUCCCGCAAGCGAAAAGGACGCUCUGUAGAAAAGAGCCCCAGUAACGCCUUGCCCACUGGGUCUUCAGGUCGACGGUCCAAGAGACAAAAGAUCCCCGACGCCAUUUCUCCCCCCGCCACCAAUAAUAACCACCAAUCCGCACCUAGAUCUCGGCGAAAAGGAAAGCCUGCCGUAGAUAUGGACAUUCCUGAUAAUGACCGUCCUGGAUCUGCGAAUGCUGCAGAGCCUUCAGUCUCAUCAAGUUCUUCAAGCAGAAAAUCCAGUCGUUCUAAGAAGGUCCCAGGACCCCCUCAAGAGUCAGCGUCUGGUACGACUUUAACCACCCGAAGAUCGAAACGAAAUCUUAACAGCGCAGUUGAUCAAGAUACACCCAUGACAGGUACCGACGAGAACAGUGACCCAGGGCCACCGCCCCCACCGCCUCCCCCCAUCGACCAUCACGAAGACGAUAGCGAAGACAACGAUGAAGAUGACGACGAGGAAGGCUCUCGAAGAUACGAUGACGACGAUGACGACGAUGAUCCCUUUGGCGGGUUUGGGGGACCUCCAGGCACUCUGUCUAGUACACUAAGAGCGCUGACGGGGAUGAUGUCUGGAGUUACGUCUCGAUUCCGGGAACUUCUGCAUAGCCUCCGAGUAGACGACCUUUCGGUGCAGCUGAUAGCUCUACAGGAUCUUUCAGAGAUACUGCUGGUUUCCAACGAAGAUAACCUGUCCGGUCAUUUCUCGCCUGAUGCCUUUGUCAAGGAGCUUGUUACCCUAAUGAACAAGGAAGACAGCCCCGACGUUAUGCUCUUGGCCUGUCGCUGUUUAGCCAACUUGAUGGAGGCGUUGCCUGCCAGCGUCGCGAAUGUCGUUUAUGGAGGCGCCGUUCCCGUUCUAUGCCAGAAACUCCUUGAAAUCUCGUUUAUCGAUUUGGCCGAGCAAUCCCUGAGCACAUUGGAGAAGAUAUCAGUUGAGUACCCGACAAGCAUUGUUCGAGAGGGCGGCCUCACUGCGUGCCUCUCUUAUCUCGACUUCUUCGCUACAGGCACGCAGAGAACUGCUGUUACUACCGCAGCAAACUGCUGUCGCAACAUUCCUGAGGACUCUUUCCCAGUGGUGCGAGAUGUAAUGCCCACGCUUCUUAACGUUCUCAAUAGCAGUGACCAGCGCGUCGUGGAACAGGCGUCGCUUUGCGUUUCAGGUAUCGUGGAGAGCUUUAAGUACCAUCCUUCGAAGCUUGAGGAGCUUGUUAGUGUGGACCUUCUUCGGGCCGUACUACGCCUUCUUGUUCCUGGCACGACCAACAUGAUCGCCUCUAGCAUUCAUACCCAGUUCCUUCGAGUUUUGGCCUUCACCGCGCGAGCUAGUCCUCGUCUUUCUACGGAGCUCUUUAAACUAAACGUGGUAGAGACCUUGUAUCAAAUUCUUACAGGAGUAUCUCCGCCUAGUGGCACAGAGGACGUUGCCUCCAAGCUGGACAGCGUUGUUAUCAUGCAGGCCCUUAUCCACCGUCCUCGAGACCAAAUCAUUGAGACUCUCAAUGUCAUAUGCGAGUUAUUGCCAAACCUCCCGCGAAAUGCCGACCCGUCUUUUGGCGACUUUGUUGAGCUCCAAGCUUCUGCAGAUCCCACUCACCCGGCGUCUGGUGGUGGAAGAACUCGCAGAACCACAAAUGAGAAACGUAUCGAGCUUCUGGAAGAAUGCAAGGACGAAGUUCGCCGCUUUGCCCUAAUCAUUUUCCCUACGUUAACCGACGCCUUCUCCAGCACUGUCAACUUAAGCGUACGCCAAAAGGUGCUAACAGCCCAACUGAAAAUGCUUUCCAACCUGGACGAGAAUAUUCUGAUAGAAGCUUUGACUCCUGUCCCUUACGCAUCUUUCCUUGCUUCCAUUCUGUCACAACAAGACCAUGCAUCCCUGGUUAUGCUUGCCCUUCAGGCAGCCGAGCUUUUGCUCAGUCGACUUGAUAAGAUCUAUCGAUACCAAUUCUACCGCGAAGGUGUUUUCCUAGAGAUUACCAAAAUUGCCGAGGAGGAGGAGGAGCCUGUGGACGAGAAGCCGGAAAAGAACGAGCAGCAAGAGGGCCAGCAUGGACAAGCAGCGGGGCAAGAUAAUGGGCCAUCCUCAGACCAAGACUCUGAACAUGAUGAAGAUGAGGAAGAUGAGGAGCACGAGUCUUCUGACGAUGAUGAAGACGACGACGAGGACCACGACAAUGAUAACGCCGAGGCGCACAACGACGACAUGUCCCCUGUUAGUUCCCGAGGAUCAACCAUGUCCCUCGAAGUUCCCCUCCAUCGGUUCGUUUCUGAAGUUCGAUCUAUGAAGUCUCGAACUCGGGAUGUUGCCAAGAAGUUUUUGGAGACCCACGAAACUGAGGGUCAUGGUCAAGCUAUGAAGACAAAGGCCACUGUUAUUCUCGAGGCCCUGUCCGAGUUAGCUGGUGAGCUAGAAACUUUCUACCUCAAGCGAACACCUGGGAGCGUUGCGGCCGACAGAGGAAAUGAACUUUUCUCUAAGCUUGCAUCGUAUUUCGACACGGACGUUUUAGAGAGCGUUACAAGCGCAGAGCUUCUGGCAUCCGGCCUUGUCCGUGUUCUUCUCGAAAUCUUUAGUAAUCCCGACGAGGAACUGGCUCGGGCCGCUCAAUCAACAUUCCUGGAAAUCUUUAUGGCAUACACUGUCAAGUCGAAGCCUAAAACUGCGACAGUAGAAUCUCCAGCAACGCCCUUUAGCGUCAUGAUUCAUAAGCUUCAAGACUUGCUCAGUAGGUCAGAGCAUUUUGAGGUUAUCACAGUUCAUCACAAUACAUUCGAUGGCAACCACAGUAGCCCGGCUUCUAUGCUUGGAAAACAAAUCCGCCUUCGUCUUGUCGCCGACGACGAAUCCGACAUUCCUCGGCCAUACCGUAACAUCAUGGUGUCAAUCCAUGCUAUUGCGACCUUCAAGUCUCUCGACGACUAUCUCCGCCCCCGUAUCAGUAUCACUGAGCGACCCCGUGGUUCUGCACGUCGGGACGGAGUAGCCCGAGCGCUCGCCGCUAUGGCUAGCAGUGCCGGCCUUCCUCUCAGUAGCGCGGCCGCUGCUCGUCUUGCCGUGGCCGAUCGAGGAAGCCCAUUUUCUGGCGGCCCACCGGUACCACCGCCUCCUUCUGCACCUACACCAUCUGGCUCCCGAGCUCUCCGCAAAUCGAAGUCGCAGGCUGCCCCCGCUACACCAGAUCAAUCUUCUGGGCCAUCUCGAGACAAAAGCGCACUUCGACGUUCUUCACGACGACAUGGUGCCGCAAGCACUCCUCCGGCUCCGCGACCUCCACCAAUGGAUGAUGAUGAGAUGCAAGACACACUAGAAUGUGCCGACGAAAAGCAGCUGACUGAUGAUGAUGAUAUUGGAGAAGGCAGUGCAUUGGAUGCCAUUGUUGGUGAGCUCGAAGAAGACAUGGAGGAAGAAGCAACCCCUGACGAUACCUCUGCCGUUAACAUGGAGGUGGCCACAGGCGGUCACAUUACAGCGCGUAAGGAGGAUGGUACCAGAAUCGCUACACCAACCGGAUCUGGGGCGCCUAGCCGUGCUGGAGGGCCUUCUGCUGGAGCUCAGGGUACGCCAACCCCAGCAGCACCAGCAUCAAGACCCCUGUCGUACGCCUCCGCGCUUCAGGCUGUCCCUCAAGACUGGCAUAUCGAGUUCAAUCUGGACAGCAAGUUGAUCCCCAACGAGACCACGAUCUACCGCGCUGUGCAUACGUCGGCCUCCAACUCAGAUGAGCAUCUGAGUAGAAGUCUCUGGUCGACUGUGCAUCCUAUCAAGUUCAAACGUGUCCCUGGACCACCUCCCGCAGAGUCUCUUUCAUUCACCUCCAAUACCGAGGCUGAAGGCGAAGAUGAGCAUGGAAUUCCUGCAUCACUCGCCAAACACCCAACAACGUCUUCAAUUCUGCGACUGCUGAAUAUCCUUCACGACCUCAACUCAAACAUCGAGGACGUUUUCAUCGAGAAGAAGAACAGCAUCAUUGGUCUUAAUGUUGAGCCCUUGUCGCAGUUUGUAAACACUAAACUCACUGCAAAAUUGAAUCGCCAGUUAGAGGAGCCGCUCAUUGUCGCUAGCAAUUGUCUGCCAAGCUGGGCGGAGGAUCUAGCUCGCCUUUACCCUUUCCUUUUUCCAUUCGAAACUCGGCAUCUCUUCCUCCAGUCCACAUCCUUCGGAUAUGCUCGAUCGAUGGCCAGGUGGCAGAACACUCAGUCAGCGGAAGAUAAUAGAAGGGAUCGUAACAAUGAAAGGCCCUUCCUCGGCCGGCUUCAGCGACAAAAGGUUAGGAUAUCGCGUCAAAAGAUCCUAGAAUCAGCUUUGAAAGUCAUGGAACUCUAUGGUGCUUCCCAGAGUAUCUUGGAGGUUGAGUAUUUCGAGGAGGUGGGCACUGGCCUUGGACCCACUCUUGAAUUCUAUUCCACUGUCUCGAAGGAGUUCUCCAAGAAGAAGCUUAAGCUAUGGCGAGAGGUUGAUUCCAAUGGCUCCGAUGAGUUCGUUUCAGGCGCCUCAGGACUCUUCCCUCGACCCCUGAGUGAUGAAGAGGCUGGAACACCCAACGGGGAGCGAAUUCUUCACCUCUUCAAAAUGCUUGGAAAAUUUGUUGCACGAUCCAUGAUCGAUUCGCGAAUUAUUGACCUCCACUUCAACCCAAUAUUCUUCCGGAUUGGGGAUGCCAUUGCAUCUGGCGUCAAACCAUCACUGGGAGCUGUUAAAAUCGUCGAUCCAGGCCUGGCUCGUUCUCUGAAAACCAUCAAGCAAUUCUCGUUAGCUAAGAAGGAGAUUGACGAAGAUCCUAGCCGUACCCCCGCACAAAAGGUUGCCGAUACAGAGAACGUCACCAUUGAUGGUGUCAAACUUGAAGACUUAUGCCUCGACUUCACCUUGCCUGGCUACCCGAACAUCGAGUUGGAGGAUAACGGUUCCCAGAAACGAGUCACUACCGACAACGUAGACUCGUAUCUCGAAAAGGUGAUUGACAUGACCCUUGGAUCUGGUGUCCGCCGACAGGUUGAUGCCUUCCGUGCCGGAUUCUCGCAGGUAUUCCCGUACUCUGCACUCAGUGCCUUUACACCAGAUGAACUUGUCACCCUUUUUGGCCGUGUCGACGAAGACUGGUCUCUCGAAACUCUACUCGAUUCGAUCAAGGCCGAUCAUGGCUUCAAUAUGGAUAGCAAGACCGUCAAGAAUCUGCUGCAGACCAUGAGCGGAUUUGACCCAUCAGAACGUCGAGACUUUCUGCAAUUCACAACUGGAAGCCCUAAGCUUCCCAUUGGAGGAUUCAAAUCUUUGACACCCAUGUUCACUGUGGUUUGCAAACCUAGUGAGCACCCUUAUACGUCUGACGACUACCUUCCUAGCGUCAUGACGUGUGUGAACUACCUGAAGCUUCCAGACUACUCUACUAUUGAGGUCAUGAAGAAACAGCUUUUCACCGCGGUCAAGGAAGGCCAAGGAGCGUUCCAUCUGUCGUAG